AUGGGUACAGGGGCCUCCUGCGGUGGUAAAGAUGAUGUGAGGAAAAGAAAAUCAUCCCCAUUCCAACAAGGAGAAGAAAAACAACAACAUCAUCAUCAUCAUCAAUCCCCAUUUCACCCACCGCAGUAUGCGGAGGUUCAUUUUAACCGAAUGGACGGUGUCUGGCGGGAGCGGAUGUUAGAGGCGGUGGAUGGAGAUCCAGUGGCCGUCACCCGCGACUUUCCACGCAUUCCUGUUUACGUCGCCACCCACACACAUCACAACUACUGCGAAGAUGAUGGAGAGCAACAAGAUGCGAACAACAACAAGAGGAAGAAGAAGAAGAAGAAGGAAUAUCAUAAUGAUAUGGAUAGGGCUCAGGAUACAGUAGACGCUAAAGAAGGCAAACGACAUUAUCCAGAUGAAAAUCCGAAAGAAGAUGAUUAUAAUAAUGGUAAUAAUAAUAAUAAUAAUAAUGAUGUGGAAUUACUUGCCACGAGAAAUCAACGUGUACGCACGGCGGUGGGAUUUUUGAUGGAGUUGUGUGGUGAAGAUGCGAGUGGGAUGUACACCGCGUGGAGUACACAUGCGGCCCGUGUAGAUGUGGCAGAUGCCAGUGCCCUCUUAUUGGCUGUAUUGCUGGAGAGUGGAAUGAUGCGGGCAGAGACGCUGCAAUCGGAAAAGAAAACAAACACGCAAAUAGAAACAACAACAACAACAGAAACAAGAGAAGUUGGGAAUCCACCUAAUUAUGGUACAGUGGAUGCUGUGACUCGAUCCUCUCCUCAUUAUAAGGUGGAGAGUAAAGCACUUCGCUUAAUGCAGUAUAUGGUACAGUCUGUGGUGUUCUGUUCUAUUCAGUGGAUAACGGAAUUACUACGUUUCCCUUGGUGUAAGCAUAUACAAGAUGUCGCCUGGACUGUACAUGUAUUUACAGAGAAGAAAGAUAUCAUGGAUGGUGGUGCUGAUUAUAGCAAUAUGAAUAGUAAUAGUAACAAUGAUGAGACAAGGACGACGGAGUUCAUUGUUCUUCAGCAUAAACAGACACUACGUCAUUAUGUAGAACCCCGUGAACUUCGUCAUAAACCACGUUUUGAGAUUGACUGGUCGUGUAGUAUUGUGUUUAAUCCGCAGUAUAUAUUAUGUGGAGAUACGGCGAAGGAAGUGUAUGAUGUUCGCACGGAAGUAUUUGCGGCACGUGUGGAGCGGCCGCAGCGAAGAUUUUGUUUGAUUUCCUCCGAUUGGCGUCAACGGCGGCAUGAACUCGCAGAGCGGCUGGAGGAACAUUUUGGCGUUCCAUUAGAAGAAGUUUCAACACUAAUGCAACGGCAGCCAGACGGGCGAAGAUAA